GUCUAACAAGCUGCAAGCAAUUGAACUCUGUCUCCAUGGGAUAACGGACGUGUUCGUUUGAUUUCACCCAUCCAAUUUGGUCUCUGUAGCUACAAUUUUUAGUCGCCUGUUUCUGGCACAUGGUUGCUGAAUUUUUCCUCCCCCCCUUAUUUCCUGUGUUUUCUUUGUGUUUUUUUGUCUUCUUCCUUCUGAGCACUUGCGAGACUUCGCUCGUCCGCCUCGUUAGCUUGUUUGUUUCUAUUCUAUUGCUCUUGAUCUCUUGCCUCUACCACGGAACUGUUUUGAUAUCUAGCCUCUCGUCAUGGCACAAGCUUCCUGUGCCAACCCGCUGAUGCUCGGGUGGGUUAAAGAAUGGUGGGAUACCGCCCGCGAGCGCAACUCCAAAGGCGUUACCACGUUCAAACAUGCAUACGACUCUCUGAAAGCGUGUCCCAUCACCUUUGGCCACCCCUCGUCGCUGCAGCAACUGAAAGGCUUUGGGCCGAAGCUGUGUGAACGUCUCACAGAUAAGCUCAAGCAGCACUGCGAGGAGAAUGGGCUGCCUAUGCCGUCAGUUCCCAGGGGUAAAAAACGGGGCGCCAAUCUAGCGAGCCUCGGAGGCGAUGACGAAGAAGAUGCGUCCUCAGGCCCGGUCAAGAAGCCGAGGAAGGUCAAACAAUAUAUGCCGACAUACCGCUCUGGAGCCUAUGCCUUGGUCCUCGCUCUCUCCACCCUCGAGGAGACCUCGCGGUCGGGCAUGACCAAGACCGAGCUUAUAGAAAAGGCUCAGCCACACUGCGACUCGUCUUUCACCGCCCCUUCUGAUCCGACAAAGUUCUACACAGCCUGGGCCUCCAUGAAAACUCUGGCUCAGAAGGACCUCGUCUACGAGAAGGGCCGGCCCCUGAAGAAAUAUGGGCUGACAGACGAAGGAUGGGAGGUCGCAAAACGCAUCCGACAGGCCGCCAUCGCAAACGGGACUUUGGUUGGCACCGAGACUGGGGCAGGGGCCGGGGCUGGAGGUGUAAACCUGCCCAACACUGUGGCUCAGCCUGCGUCUGGAAGUGGAAGCGGAAAUGCAGCUGCAACUUCGAUUGCGAGACCACCGCAUUCUGGUGGAGCUGCUAUGGCAACCGGGGUUUCUUCUCGUCGCACGGCAACGCCGCUUACCUUUUUUGUUGACGACGACGACGACGGCAGCGUCGACGAUGAGGAUAUCGCAGCCCGGGUUCAGAAUGGAGAGUACGGAAGCGUCGUAGCAGAUGGCGAUAAGGUCCCUGAUGGUACGGCUCUACCUACAUUUACGCCCAUUCGACUGAACCCAGGCAUGUUUACCGUCGAGUUGGUCCUCGACGUCCGCGAAGUCAGGGCCAAGACGGACCGCGACUACAUGCAGGAGGAACUGACCAAGAAAGGAGUCAAGCCAAUCAUGAAGGCCCUGGAACUGGGCGAUGCCCUCUGGGUCGCCAAAUGUAACCGCCCAGGCUGGCUCGCCCGACAAGGCGCAGAAGGCGACGAGGUGGUGCUGGACUGGAUCGUCGAGAGAAAGAGGCUGGACGAUCUGAUCGGGAGCAUCAAGGAUGGACGCUUCCAUGAACAAAAAUUCCGGCUGCGGAGGUCGGGGGUUAAGAACGUCAUCUACUUGGUUGAGGAGAUAUCGAUGGACUCAACCCACUUCCAAAAGUACGAGGAGGCGGUGCAGUCGGCCACUGCGUCGAUCCAAGUAGUUAAUGGCUACUUCCUGAAGAAGACGCAGAAGAUGGACGACACGAUCCGCUACCUAGCAUCCAUGACCAGGCUGCUCAAGAAGCUCUACGAGGCCAAGCCGCUCUUCGUCAUCCCAACGCACAUCCUCACGGCCAAGAACUACAUGCCGCUGCUGAAUCACAUCCGGGAGAAACAGCCCUCGGCCAGCCACCACAUCAGCUAUCCCGCCUUCGCGUCGCUGGCCUCCAAGUCGGACAUGAUGACGCUGCGAGACGUCUAUCUCAAGAUGCUGAUGUGCACAAAGGGAGUCACGGGGGAGAAGGCGGUCGAGAUACAAAAGGUAUGGAAAACGCCCAACCACUUCAUCAAGGCCCUCGAUCAAUGUGGGUCGGGCGAGGAUGGGAAAAAGCAGAGGAUUAGUCUAGUAUCGACACGACUGGGAAAUCUUGUCGGCUGCAAGAAGAUCCCAAAGCCGGUUAUCCAAAAGAUCGUGGAGGUAUGGGGUGAUGCAUAGCGUGGCAUAGGGACGGGUUAUAGAACCUUUUCAAGUCUGUUGGCAGGGGUAAACAGGACUUGACAGACUUAUAGAUGCGGCACAAACCAGCGACAUGUAGGCAUAUCACUUGGGAGGAGG